AUGUCUGCUCCCCUUAUCUCCCAUGCAAAGCCUGGACUGAAAGUCCUCUCCUUCGGCUACUCUCGCACUGGGACGUCUUCCAUGAGACAAGCCCUGGAGGAGCUUGGAUACAAACCUACCAACCACGGAUUUGAUAUCUUCGAGCCUGAGGCAGUCGUUGACAUGUGGACUCGCGCGAUUGUGGCCAAGUUCUGGGGCAUCGGGGAGCAACUCAGCACCGAUGAAUGGCGCGCUUUUCUGGAGCCGUUUCAGGGUGUCACGGACAUGCCCCACUACCUGUUCGUUGACGAACUGCUGGCCGCGUUUCCCGAUGCGAUGGUCCCCGUGACGCACCGCGACACGGAAGCGUGGUGGGCCUCAUUCUCCACCACAGUUCGACCGAUGCUCCGCCCGAUGUCACUCACGCCAGCGGCGACUGAUCCGCAGAACUCGCCUGCCGGCCGGCGCAUCCGGCUCGGCACGAUCAUCUUCAGUGCGUUCUUCGGCGUGGCGCCGGAUGCCGCGACCCCCGAAAGCUUCACGAAGGAGCGGGGCGUCGCAGCUUACGAGGCCCAUUACGCGCAUCUUCGGGCCGUCGUGCCGAAGGACAGGUUUCUGCAAUUUCAUGUCGCUGAAGGUUGGGGUCCCUUGUGCGCGUUCUUGGGCAAGGACAUCCCGGACAUCCCGUUUCCGAGAGUUAACGACGCGGAGCAAUUCAGAGCUGUGAUGCCUGGGAUCGUCGAGACUGGGAACCAGGGAACGCGAUACUAG